AUAAUAAAACAAGAUGUCGAAAGUGAUUGUUGGAAGUGAAACGCAAAAGUACUUUUCGAUGAGUUUUACGUAAUAUUUUUGAGUUUUCUUUAUUUGUUGUUGAUGAUUUGAUUAAAUUGUGAUAAAAAGAAAUGGGUGAAGUAGAAAACGUGGAGCUGCGGACCGUAAAACACUCGAUUCCGAUUGAUAUUCUCAAUGACCUUCUAACGAGGUUCUUGAUAAAUGUGCCAGAAUCUGCUAAGCAGAACUUGAUAAGAAUAUGUUUCCAAAUCGAACUGGCCCAUUGGUUCUAUCUGGAUUUCUACGUUAGCAACGACAGCCGUCUAAAAGCAUGCAGUAUUUACGAAUUUGCUGCCCAUGUAUUUCAGCAUAUUCCGUAUUUGAAAAGCGAAAAUCACAAGCUCCACGAGAUCCUCGAGGAAUGGAAGGAAUACAAAUUGAGCGUGCCCACGUACGGGGCCAUUAUUUUAUCCGAGAACCUGUCCCACGUGCUGCUAGUCCAAAGCUACUGGGCCAAAUUGUCGUGGAGUUUUCCCAAAGGUAAAGUCAACGAAGAGGAGGAUCCCGCCCAUUGCGCUAUCAGAGAGGUGCUAGAAGAAACCGGUUUCGAUAUAAGUAAUCAUUUGAAUCGAGACGAGUAUUUCGAGUCUACCAUAAACGAUCAUCUAGUCAGGUUGUACAUAAUAAAAAAUAUUCCUAUGACGACGAAAUUCUGUCCAAAAACUCGAGGUGAAAUAAAAUCGUGCAAUUGGUUUGCGGUGUCCGAUUUGCCGACGAACAAGAAAGAUUCCACGCCGAAAACCAAAAUCGGAAUGAAUGCGAACGCAUUUUUCAUGGUUUUGCCAUUUGUCAAAAGACUGAAGCAUUUCUGUAAUCUUCAUAGCAGUACAAAUUAUCCUAGGCAAAGAUACAAGUCUGCUAGUUUCUGCGAAAAUGAUUCAGUAAAUUCGAAAAGCAGACCAAAAUCAGUGCAAAAAGCUGAUACCGACAAUGUGAAGCAUAUCAAGAAGCGGCCGGACAAGAAGCAGAGCAAUCACUACAAAAGGCAACUGUUCACGAACGAGGAGAAUAUCGAGACCCAGUUUUGCGCGCCUUCGUGGCUCAAUUUUAAAUUUGACAAAAUCGCCAUUAUGGAAUGCAUGCCGUAAAAUAUGUAUAUUUUUUUUACUAUCAAAUUGUUGCUGACAGUUGAUCUAUUGUUAAAAAUGUCCUUUUUUUAGAAAAAAAAAUUAACGAGUUAUUAAAUUUUAUCAUGCUGAAAACGAUUACUUAAAUUAUUGUAUUUUGUAAUUAGGUUUUAAAAGCGGGAUGGUUUUUUUAACGAUAAAACAUCUGUUAAACUUGGUUGGAUUUAAUAUUGUCUCAACUAUCCAUACCAAGCGUGCAAUUUUUAUGUAUAUUUAUAUUCGAUGCAACAAUUUGGCAAUCUUGGUGAUACUAGGUUUGUUCCAGCAAGAGUACGGGACGAGUUCUGGACACAUUCAAAGUCCGGAAGGGUUCUUUAUUUUUGUUUGGGACAAGCCUAAUUGUUUUUGUUUUGCGUUGUACCAAAAUGUUUGGUAUAUUUAUUUUUUUAAAAGUUUAUUCAAUGAGAUAAUCCGACGCCAUUCUGGUUUGAGGAUUCAUGAUUUAACAUUCAAUUUUUCACUUUCUCAAUUAUAUUAGUACCUAUAUUUUUGAUGGAUGCGGAAUUCGAUUCUAAUUUUUUUAGUUUCUUCGAUUCGAUAGAAGCAGUCUUUAAAAUCUCUAAGUGUAAAAUCGGUGUUGAUUGUGCUUGUUACUUAACUGCAAUUUACUGUUAAUUUUAAUUGAAAAUUGAUGUGUGAAAAGUCAAAGGUAAUCCUAUUUCUCUCUACCGAUACGACAAACUAUCAUGUUUCAUGUAAAUGUUAAAUUUAAUGUCGAAAUAGAAAAUCGCGUGUGUUGAAUUCAUAGAUUUUCGUUUGAUUAAUCAGAAAUUAAAAUUGCCGCGCUUCCUUUGUGUAUUUUACGAGUGAAUUUACAAAAGGAAUCGUUAAAUGUUCGUAGUAUGAAAAAAUCUGACGUGUUUAGGGAUGCUUCAUGAAAAUAAUUUGAUUUUGAAAGGAAAAUGUAUCUUAGAUUUAUUUUUUUGAACCCUCCGGUUUUUUUAAUCCUAUCUGAUGCUGUGUUUUUGAUUACUUUGAAUAACAUUCGGUUUAUUUGUAGGCCGUUUUAUUUUAUUCGUUGGCCGCAAGUUCAGGUAAAGUUGGGUUAAAAUGUUGAUUAAUCCGAUUUAUUUAUUUUAGAAAUGUUAUUGAAAAAUAUUGAUCUCGUAGCAGUUGGUUUUUGUACAUUUUAUUUUUGAUUUUUCACUAGCGUGCAAGACGUUUCUUUGAAAACAGUAUUUUACCGUACCGUAGACUGCUUAACGGCUUGUUUCAUUUUAUUUUAAGACUCGGUGAUUUAGGUAGGUGACAAAGGCUGAUUAUUAUUAUAAGUAACCACUGUAAUUAGAUCUGAACUUUGUUCACUGGUUAUUGGAAUAAAUUUUUGAUUUUUGAAACUUU